CUAUUCUGGUUCCUCUGGUACCUCUCACACUCCUUCUGUCAGGUGCUGCACCUACUGACAAUGUAUUCUUAUGGGGCGCUUUGGGCGACAACAUCGGUAUUUGUAGCAUGUGGCCUUUGCUAAAAAAUGAUGGACUGGGUGUUCAAUACCUUGCGAUGCUUCUUCUCUGGAACCGGUUGAUCGGGCACAAUCCGUUUAAACUACACCAUAGAUCUUUCGUGGAACUCGUAUCUUCCGUACGUCGUACACACACAGCCAUAAUUAUUCUCCACUUGCUCGAGCUAGCAGUGACACCACCCGCGCGCUACCCUGAUCUCUUUGCAGUACUCAAUGUCUUAGUGAGCACCCCCCGUUCCGCGGAAGUGAGCUGGGCUAUAAGCGAACUACCUGGAAAACGCGAAAAGAAAGAAGGGCCGUCUUCUACGUCUGCGAUCAGUGCUUUCUCCUCGAGUGCCGCGUUUAGGCGUGGUGAGGUGGGUGCGCGUGCGAUGAGUCUUGGGUAUGUGAGUGGGCAUGGGCGUGGACAGGUCAAUGCUAGGAGACGGGCGUUGGAGGUGUUGAGCGCGGGGAGUGGUGAUCGGGAACAUCGAGAUUGAGGAUUAAGAUGAAAGGUUUUCCUUUCGAG